GCACAGUUAGUUGAUCUGAAGUCUGAACUGACAGAAACACAGGCAGAGAAAGCAGUAUUGGAAAAGGAAGUGCAUGAUCAGCUUUUGCAACUCCAUGCUGUUCAACUUAAGAUGCAUGCCAAAACUGGUCAGAGUGUUGAUUCUGGGGCUAUUAAGGCAAAACUGUCUGUCCUUUCUGUGGAUGAAAUGGAGAGAGAACUUGAAGCCAACAAGAAAGAAAAAGUAAAAGAAGCUCAGCUGGAAGCCGAAGUGAAGUUGCUGAGGAAGGAAAAUGAAGCACUUCGUAGACACAUAGCUGUGCUUCAGGCUGAGGUUUAUGGAGCAAGAUUGGCAGCCAAGUAUUUAGAUAAGGAACUAGCUGGAAGGGUCCAGCAGAUUCAGUUACUGGGCCGAGAUAUGAAAGGACCUGCUCAUGACAAGCUCUGGAAUCAGCUUGAAGCAGAAAUACACCUUCAUCGGCACAAAACUGUUAUUAGAGCUUGUCGAGGUCGGAAUGAUCUAAAACGACCAAUGCAAGCACCACCAGGACAUGAUCCUGAUGCCUUAAAGAAGAGUCAAGGUGUUGGUCCAAUCAGGAAGGUUUUGCUAGUUAAAGAAGACCAUGAAGGACUAGGAAUUUCUAUCACAGGUGGUAAGGAACAUGGUGUUCCAAUACUGAUCUCGGAAAUCCAUCCUGGACAACCUGCUGAUCGAUGUGGAGGACUGCACGUUGGUGAUGCUAUUCUGGCAGUAAAUGGAGUUAAUCUAAGAGAUGCCAAACAUAAAGAAGCUGUAACUAUUCUUUCCCAACAGAGAGGCGAGAUUGAAUUUGAAGUAGUGUAUGUUGCUCCAGAAGUUGAUUCAGAUGAUGAAAAUGUAGAAUAUGAAGAUGAGAGUGGACACCGUUACCGUUUAUAUCUUGAUGAAUUGGAAGAAGGCGCGCAUCCAAGUUCUAAUAGGAAAGAUGCAAAUGUGGAUGUCAAACCCUCACAAGUGUUUGAUAAGAAGCCAAGUAUUGAUGGACAUGAAAAUGGAGACCUGGGAAAUUCAGUUGGAGCUCCAUUAGAAGACACUGCACCCAAGUUAGCCUGUUCUGCUGAGUCUUUAUCCUAAAAACAAACAGACAAAAAAAAUCAACUGGACAGAUCCCAUCUUUGGGAACAAUUGAUAAUCAAUAUUGACUGCUCCAAGAUGCAUAUACUAGUGUAGGUUGUAAAAGGAUGAUUAAAUGUCAAAAGGAACUGUAUUACUGUUGCCUGGAAAAAAGGCAGUUACCUCAGGGCUUCAUUGUGAGCAAUUCUAAAUGUGGAAAACUGUCUUUUGCGUGACACACAGUAGUUACCUAACACAUGGCAUGUGAAAUGAAUUUUCUUUUAACAAUAAGCACCAAAGCAUGGGAUUUCUAAAAAGGGUAACCUCAAUACAUUCAACUUUUAAUCUCAUUAAUGUCCCCAGGGAAGUAGAAUAAGAUGUGGCCAGCUCCAUUUUGACCCUUUGGUCCUUUAAAGGGACAGUUGAUGUUCAGUUUGGUGUGAAACAAGCUUUAACUGUAGAAGGAUGGAGGGAGAAGUGUACCAUUGCAUCGAUGAAUACUGUACUUAGGAUUUU